AGGAUACAAACACCACUCCCUCUUCUCCCAAAUACUCUCAGAAGCUUCUUCUAAGAAAGCAAAAAAAAACUCUAACAAUGGUGACAACGAAGAGGAGCGAAAGCAGUAGUCUCAAAUUUCUCUGUAGUUACGGCGGUAGAAUACUUCCUCGCUCUAUCGACGGGAAGCUCCGUUACGUCGGCGGUUACACCAGAGUCCUCUCCGUCGUUGAUUCCAUCUCUUUCUCAGAGCUAAUGGUGAAACUGGAGGAGUUCUGUGGAUACUCCGUUGAUCUAAAGUGCCAGUUACCAGACGGAGAUCUCGAGACGCUGAUCUCCGUCAAGUCAGACGAGGAUCUCACCAACAUAGUCGAGGAAUACAGUCGCGUCUCCUCCGGAGGAGGCAAGAUUCGAGCGGUUUUAUCUACUCCUAAGCAAGUAUCGCCACGAUCGAGCGGCGGCGGCGAUGCGUCGCCGAAAUCUCCUUUCUCCGUCGUGGCUUCUCCUUCUCCUCUGCCGGGGUAUGGAAGGUUGCCACGACCUCGGUAUCAGAUGGAGAAUCUUCAGAGCGGAAUAUUCCGUAAACGAGCGGAGGAAUAUUCGCGUUGCUGUAAAUGCCGUGUGCAGAACAGAGACUCCAAGCUCAUCUGGCAUUGACAUUGACUGACGUCCGUCAAAUCAAACGCCUUUUAAUAAAUAGUUUUGAAGUUUAUAUGAUCGUUUGAUGUGAUGAGAAAUUAAGGAAAAUUACUAAAUUUUGUUUGUAGUCGGUAACAUGAUCCCGGUGAACCGUAGAUGAAGACGGAGUUUUUUUUUUAAUCUUCCGUUAUCUUUCUUGCUAAGAUAUGUGGGUAACGUACCGCGUUAGUUUUUUUCCAAUACGUGGUACGUUGCAACCGUUCCAGAUGUGAAACGUGUCGAUCUUAGACGUGAAUAAAUGUGUGUGUGUUUGUGUAUCA